CUUGAGAGCUGAGCAGCUUUUCAAAAUGCUGGAGUGGCAGCUAUCUGUCCUGCUGCAAUAUCAAUUUACUACUUCUGAGACAUUUUUCAUUUCCUUUAUUAACCUUUUUUCUUAGAUUUAGGCAUACCUACAAUAUGUAAUUGAAAAAUGUAAUGCUGAGUGUUUCUUGGACAGCCUAACUUAAAACUAAAUGGUAGCCUAAACAAUCACAAAAGUAUAUGGAGUAUUUGUUAAAUUAUGUUGUUCAACAAAACAAUGAACGGAGAUGCAGUUGUUUUCCUAUGAGAAUAAAGCGACUUUUAGCAAAGCGGUGAAAAGGACUUGUUUGGAACUGUUCAUAAGAACUGAUCUGUGACUGAGUGGGGUAAAACACAUUGUUAUUUAGCAUUUACUGGCAAACAAUACCGUUCAACAUGAUUGAUGUGAAGAGUAAGCACAGGGUUAGAAGUAAUGAUGUUAACUCAUAGUUUAGUGUUAUCUCCAAAGAAUGUGUCUCUCUUGAGAUUAAGCAGCAGGAGCCCGCCGAAUAGGGCGUUAGGGGCGGGGCUCCUUUUGUGAUUGUAAAAAUACAAUACAUUUAAAUCAUAUUUUUUAUUCAUGUGGACUCCUUGACUAUGGAUGUCAAUUAUCAUUCAUCCCAUUUUCUCAACUGAAUCUUCAAUUUAAAGUUACUUUGACAUGUGUGUAUACUUUUUAGGCAUUUCACAUAAAGGUUUGACUCACAGUUGGCAAUGGCUGCCCAUGACCUUUGAACAGUGCAAUGACUGAGCAAAGCUCAGUGUUAUUCAAUGGUAAGGAAAUAAACAGUGGACAAUUUAGUCAUUUCAACUUGCAAAUGGUUUUCUGGAAAUUACGUAUUUCCAAUAUCAAAACUAUAGCUGUAGGGAAUCAGUAGGCUAACAUUUCACGAUACACUUAACAUGUUAUCCUUUAUUACUUGGUUUCGUCCGAGUAUACCUGGAUGGCUGACGCUAGAUGCAAACCCCCUGGACAGUCUACUCCAAGGAUUUGUUGGCGCAUGUGGGAUCAUAGUUUUCUGUAACCUGAUAAGAGUUCACUUAUUUUUAAAGACUGAAAGUUCAAACAAUAAUGACAGCAGUAAAGAGAUGCUGAAGACACCAGGCCGUCAUGGCUAUGCCAGACUGCUCAGUGAAUGUCUUCACUUCCUGUUCCUGACGGUGAUACUGGCUGUAGUGGGCUCCCGUGCUGCUUCCCUGGUGGUUCUGGAGUUCUCCCUCAGAGCAGUGUCAGCUUGGGUCACAGCUGGACCAGAGUCCGGUAGGUUCCUACAACAGCUAUUGGUUCAGUGCCAGUUUUCCUUGGGUUGUGCUCUUAGCUGCAGUCUCCAUUUCCUCCACGAGGGGUCCCCGCAACGCUGGCUCUGCCUACUUCUCGCUGCUGGAUUGAGCUGGUUCCUAGUGAAACAAACUAGGCGCUUACAGCUUCAUGUCAUGGCAUUGUACAAACUGCACAGUUCCCAACACUACUGUGGAGUGUGCAUUGCACUGCUCACGUCAGGUUGCUCUCUGUUGCCACGCCUGACCAGGGCCCUUAUGCUCACCUUCGCAGUGGCUACAGUUGCCGCCAUAUCUACAAUCAACGAACACUUCCUCUCAGCUACAGAGGCUCUCAGGUUUUGGACUCCACUGACAAUCUGCUACACAUUGCUGGUGGUGUAUAUGCAGGAGGAGCAACAUUGUCACCCAGGUGGCCAAGCUGUAAUAAACACAGUGAUGAUGCGUCUGGGGGCCCUCAUGGUCCUGAUGCUGACGGUUGGACGCUGGUCAGAUGUGGUUCACAUCUUCCUGUGCUUUCUGGGCGAGGCUGGCUGUCUGAUACCCUCCAGAGACCUGUUGGAGGUCACAACACAGGUGAGAUAUAUGGAGGAAGUUCCCACACAAUGCCAAAAGAGUGAAAAGAGGAGGAGAUGCCUGACAACUUACAAAGAUGACUAGAGUUAACUCUUUUUCUUUCAGAAUAUGUGUUAUUCUGCAAAUAUUGUGCCAUCUGUAACCCUAUAUGUGAUACAUAUUCCUUUAUUAUAUUGAGAAGCAUGUAAAUAAAC